CUUCACCUCAGCACAUUUCCGUGUUUCCUGUGUGAAGCGUCGAGUAGAAGAACGGCGGCGGCGGCGGCGGAGUGGGCUGUAUUGGACCGGCCAGGACAAGACGGGACUCUGUUGAGCUGGACCUCUUCGGGACCGUGUGUUUCUACUCUUUAAAGUCUCUAGAGCCGCGCACCAUGCUGUUCUGCGGGAGAAGAAGGAGUGCUUCUGUUCUGUCAGCUGAGUAGCUGAAGGAACUUACUGAAGAGAAGACAAGACUCAGUCGUCUGUUCUGCCCUGCUCCUGUGUGCUCGCGCUGGUGGUGGGGUUGGCUGCGCGCGGCAGGAUGGCGCUCGUGUCGCUAGGCAGGACCUGGUCUCCGGCGCUCGUGAGGACGUGCCGCCCCGCCAGAGGGAAGUGGCGAGAUCAGGCCUGUUUCCCAUGUGUUGUUCUCCGACUUUCCAGCCAUGUGAAUGACGUCUUUCCUGUCAGCGUGUCGUUGCCGGUUCCCUUUGCUCCCGGUCCUCACCUGCAUGCCAGUUUUGGGGAUUACGGACACAUCCGCGGAGCGUUGAAGUUGUACUGCGGCCGAGCGGCGGACCCCUCGGUUCGGGUCUUUGGGGCACCUGGUGUGAAGGUUCCGGUGCGUUGGUGGCACUGCAGUGCCAGGUUCUGUGAUGACUCCAAGGUGGAGAAGUCUCUCAAGCUGCUCAAGGACAAGAACAAAACACUGGAAGAGGGGGGACCUGUGUACAACCCGGUGGCUGAUGCACCCCUGGCACAGCGCUCUCUGAGACAGCGGGUGCUGGACGAGGUGAAGCACUAUUACCAUGGCUUCCGGCUCCUGUGGAUCGACACCACCAUCACUGGGCGCAUGCUGUGGAGGGUCCUCAAUGGUCAUGCGCUGUCACGCCGAGAAAGACGACAGUUCCUACGCACGUGUGCCGAUGUGUUCCGGCUGCUGCCCUUCCUGGUCUUCAUCAUUGUGCCCUUCAUGGAGUUCCUGCUUCCUGUGGCCCUCAAACUCUUCCCCAACAUGCUGCCUUCCACCUUCGAGACACAGUCCAAGAAGGAGGAGAGACUGAAGAAAGAGCUCCGUGUGAAGCUCGAGAUGGCCAAGUUUCUCCAGGACACUGUGGAGGAGAUUGCCCUACGAAAUAAAGCUCCCAAGGGCAAUGUCACCGAGGAGUUCUCCACGUUCUUCCAGAAGAUUCGCAAUUCAGGGGAAAGGCCCAGUAACGAGCAGAUCAUCCGCUUCUCCAAGCUCUUUGAGGACGAGCUGACGCUGGAUAACCUGACGCGGCAGCAGUUGGUGGCACUGUGCCGGCUGCUUGAGCUGCAGUCCAUUGGCACGAACAACUUCCUGCGCUUCCAGCUCAUCAUGAAGCUGCGGGCCAUUCGGGCCGACGACAAGCUCAUUGCAGGCGAGGGUGUGGACAGCCUCACUGUGAACGAGCUGCAGGCAGCCUGUCGUGUGCGGGGCAUGCGAGCGCUGGGUGUCACCGAGGACAGAUUACGAGAUCAGCUUCGCCAGUGGCUGGAGCUGCACCUGAACCAGCACAUCCCCACCUCACUGCUGCUUCUGUCACGGGCGAUGUACCUGCCAGACACGCUGUCUCCCGCAGACCAGCUGAAGAGCACACUGCAGACCCUGCCGGACAGCGUGGCCAGGGAGGCCCAGGUGACUGUAGCGGAGGUGGAACUGUCAAAAGUGGACAAUAGGACCAAGCUGGAGACCACACUCCAGGAGGAGAAAGCCAUUCGACAGGAGCAGCGCGAGCGCCUGGCGGAGGCGGCCCAGGUGGCCCAGAAGGAGGUGGAGUCUACAGCUGACAGGGGCCUGAAGGAUGUGGAUUCUGAACUGAUCGGUGUGGACUUGCCUGUUUCCACGGAGACUCUGAGAGAUGCUGCCCCCACGCUGGAGGGCAUGAAGGGGGAGGAAAUUACCAAAGAGGAGAUCGACAUGCUCAGUGAUGCCUGCUCCAAGCUGAAGGAGCAGAAGAAGCUGCUCACUCUGGAGAAGGAGGAGCUGGAGGAGCUCAAGGACGAUGUCCAGGAGUACAGUGAGGACCUUGAGGAAAUCAGGAAGGAGUUGUCCAAGUCAGGCCAGGAGGUGACCAUACAGGAGUCCAAGGCCAGCCAGAGGUUGUCUAAAAGGGUCAACCUUAUGAUUGGCCGCAUCGACAAUAUUAUCACAGAGCUGGAAAAGGACAAGGAGGUUCUGGAUGGACGGAUGGACAGCGGAACAACACCACCCAUUGGCCUCUACUCCAACCUUAGGGAGAACCUGAUCAGCAACAGCGAGCUGAUUGCCGUCAUGCGCCAGAUCCGCAGCAUCCCAGAACACAAACUGCAGAGCAUCGCCGAUGCGCUCGAUGAAAAUAAGGACGGCAAGAUCGACAUCGACGACGUCAUUAAGGUGGUAGAGCUCAUCGACAAGGAGGACAUCGAUAUCUCCACCACCCAGGUGGCCGAGAUCAUGGUGAUGCUGCAGAAGGAGGAGAAGCUGGUGGAGAAGGAGAAGGCUAAGGAGAAGGCUAAGGAGAAGGAACAUGCAGCAGAAGUGAAGAACUGAGCUCCUGUGCGGUGGGACAGCACUGACACAUGGCUGGACUCUGCAUCUGGCUACUUCACACAGUUUUUUUUUUUUUUUUUU